GGGAGAUUAUUCCGGAGUUGCCGGAGAAAGAAACUCUUUGGAAGGGUCUGUGGACCCCCUCAUUCCCCAUUGCUAAAUGCAGGUGACCUUUGAAGAUGUGGCCGUGUAUUUCACGGAGGGCCAGGGAACUCUGCUGGAUCCAGAUCAAAGGGCCUUGUACAGGGAUGUCAUGCUGGAGAACUAUAGGAACAUGGCCUCGUUGGGAUUUCCAUUUACCAAGCCUGAUCUCGUCUCCCGGCUAGAACGAGGGGAAGAGCCGUGGGUGCCAGAUUUUCAGGGUUUGGGUGAAAAGGAGAACUCCAGCACCAACUCAGCAGGUGAGUGCAGGGAAAAGCAGCCAUGUGCCAUGUCGGGGGGACACCUUGCUCAGAAUUCAGGCUUUGCCAAAUAUCAAGGAGUCCACAAAGGAAAGAAAUCCCAGAAAUGUUUGGAAUGUGGGAAGUGUUUUACUGAGAAAUCGAAAUUCCUAAUCCACGAGAGAGUCCACACUGGAGAGAAACCUUAUAAAUGCCUGGAGUGCGGGAAGUGCUGUGCUACCAAAUCAAAUCUCACGAGCCAUCAGAAAAUCCACACAGGGGAAAAACCCUAUAGCUGCUUGGAGUGUGGGAAGCGAUUUUCUCACAAAUCAUACUUCUUGAUUCACCAGACGCUCCACACAGGAAAGUACCCAUAUAAGUGUGCCGAGUGCGGGAGGUGUUUUGUUCAGAAAUCAAAACUCAUAGACCACCAGCGAGUUCACACAGGAGAAAAACCCUAUAAAUGCCUGGAGUGUGGGAAAUGUUUUGCUUGGAAAUCACAAGUUGGAGAACAUCAGAGGAUCCACACAGGAGAGAAACCGUUUAAAUGCUUAGAAUGUGGGAAGCACUUUUCUCAUAAAUCAGUACUCAUCACCCAUCAGAAAGUCCACACAAGAGAGUACCCUUAUAAAUGCUUGGAGUGUGGAAAAUGUUUUGCUUAUUCCACAGCAUUUGUGACACACAGGAGAGUCCACCCAGGAGAGAAACCUCAUAAAUGCUUGGAAUGUGGGAAAUGUUUUACUUGGAGAUCUCAACUCGGGAACCACUGGCGAGUCCACACUGGAGAAAAACCCUUUAAAUGCUUAAAUUGUGGGAAACUUUUUGCUCGCAAAUCAGAACUCAUGAACCAUCAGAGGGUGCACACAAAAGAGAAACCCUUUAAAUGUUUGGAAUGUGAGAAAUGUUUUGCUUAUUCCUCGGCACUUGCUACGCACCGGAGAGUCCACACUGGUGAAAAACCCUUUAAAUGCUCAGAGUGUGGGAAAUGUUUUGCUCGCAGAGCAAUUUUUGCAAGGCACCAGCGAUCCCACACAAGAGAGAAACCUUUUAAAUGCUUGGAGUGUGAGAAAAGUUUUGCUGAUUCUUCCACAUUUGCUACCCACCAGAGAGUCCAUACAGGAGAGAAACCCUACAAAUGCUUGGAGUGUGGGAAAUGUUUUGCUCAUAACUCCACAUUUGCUACACACAGGAGAAUCCACACAAACGAGAAACCCUAUAAAUGCUUGAAGUGUGGGAAGCGUUUUGGCGAUUCCUCAACCUUUGCUAAACACCGCCGAGUUCACACAGGAGAGAGAACCUAUAAGCCUUUGACCUAUAAAUGCUUGGAGUGCGGGAAAGGUUUUGGUUCCAGAUCACAGUUUGAGAGACAUCAGAGAGUCCAUACAGGAGAGAAGCCCUUUAAGUGCUUGGAGUGUGGGAAGUGUUUUGCUGAUCCCUCAACCUUGGCAAAACACCAGAGAGUCCAUCCAGGGGAGAGGACCCACAAAUGCGUGAAAUGUCGGAAAUGUUUUGUUCAAAGUUCAGACCUUAUGAGGCAUCAGAAGUCAUGUGCAGCAGACAAACCUUAUACUUGCUUGAUGUGCGGUGAAUGCUUCCCAUCAACAUCAGCAUUAAUCUGUCAUGAGAGAGCCCAUGUGGAUGAGAAUUAUUAUGACACUUCCAAGUAGAGAAUACAGUAAAGAAUGGAGCGUGCCUUGACAUCAAAGAAUGUGCAGCAUGUUAUCCAGCAGACAUGUGCUCUUGCCAAGCCUAUGGAAAAAUCAAACCUUUUAAUUCCAUGGAGAAGCCUGGCUCAGGAACGGAAACUAUAUGAAUUUCCUCCUUGUGAGGAAAAGGCUUUGAGAUGCAUUCAGUUAAAGUCAUACUUAGAGGAGACCCAUUGAAACCAGUGGACUUAAGGUAGCCAUGUCCAUCAGUUUCAGUGGGCUACCUCUGAGUGUGAGUUAGUUGGAUAUCAGCUGUUGUCCCGAAGGGGGGCACUGCUCCAAGUGGACCUUUAGUGUUGUUGCACCAACACCUUGGAAUUCCCUCCUCUUAAAUAUUAGACAAGCACCAUCUCUGUUGUCUUUUCGGUGCCUACUGAAGACCUUCCUCUUUCAACAAGCCUUUUAAGUAAAGCCCUUAUCUCAGCCUGCAUCUGUGCUGGAAUUGCUUUUUAAGAUGCUUUUAAAUGUUUUUUUAAAAGAUGCUUUUAGGAUGCUUUGUUUAUAAGAUACUUUUAGUGAUUUGCACCUUGUUUGCUGCCUUGGGCUCCUUCUGGGAGGAAGGGCGGGAUAAAAAUCUAAUGAUUGAUUGAUUGAUUGAUUGACGAUAAUGAUGAUAAAAUAAAUUCCACAGUAGGCAAGCCAUAGGAAUGCUUGAGUCAUGGCAGAAGGUGGGCUGGAUCCAGAAGAGUCCAAACAGGAUUCUGCUUGUGCAGAAGGGCUUUCCUGACUCCUUCCCCCUGGACUCUCCAAAAGCCUCUCACAAGGACUGAGGGGCCCUCUUGAGUAGCGCUUGGAAAUAGGGGCUCUCUAGAUGUUAAGAACAUAAGAAGAGCCUGCUGGUUCAGACCAAUGGCCCAUCUAGUCCAACACCCUGUUCUCACAGUGGCCAACCAGAUGCCUAUAGGAAGGUCGCAGAGCUGCUUGGAGUGUGGCCAAUGGUCAAGGUUGAUGGAAGUUGUAGUCCAACAACAUCUGGAGUGCAACUGGUUCCCCAUUCCUGCUUCAGAAUGGCUUUUGGCACUGUGUCUGUCUUUCUCUGGUGGAUGCCUCAAGCAGGUUUCAGAAUUUUGUGCUUGUUGGUUUCAAAGGUGCAUCCUGCUGUAUUUUAAUAUGUAUGUUGUCAGUGGCCUGGUUCGCAGGUCACAUUAAACCAUAGUUUGAAACAAA